AUGGCUGCCAUUGCCAAAGCGAAUGGAAACCACCUCCCUGAAGGGGUCUUUCUGGCCAUUGACGAAGAUACAAAACAGAGCUCGAAACAGGACCAAAUCCAGCAGACUACCCAAUCGGGGUCUCUCCUCGACGUGAUGCGCUCGCCCAUUACUCGAAUUCGGUUGAUUCUGGCGGUGGCGAUUAAUUUCAUGUGCGCCGUCGUGUACUACGGGUUGAGCCUGAAUGUGGUGAAUCUCGACACCAAUAUUUACCUGACCGUGGCGCUGAACGCAGUGGCGGAAAUGCCGGCUUUCCUGAUCACGGCAUUGCUGUUGGACGUGUGUGGGCGGAAGCCGUUGGCGAUUGGGACGCUGUGGUUCAGUGGGGUGUUCUGUUUAUGUGGGAGUUUGAUGAAGGGGGUGGGGAUGUGGAAGAUUGUGAGGAUGGUGUGUGGGAUGUUGGGGAUAUUUGGAAUGGCGGGGACUUACAAUUUGUUGUAUAUUUAUACGGCAGAGCUGUUUCCAACGGUGGUGAGGAACGCGGCGUUGGGGUGUGGGACGCAGGCGUCGCAGAUGGGGGCGAUAUUAGCGCCGUUUGUGGUGGUGAUGGGGGGAGGGCUGCCGUUUGCUGUGUUUGCAGGGUGUGGAAUUAUGGGUGGGGCUCUGGCGUUUUACUUGCCCGAGACGCUGAAUAAGCCUUUGUAUGAUACGAUGGGCGGCAUAGAAGAUGGGGAAAAAGAUUGUUUGAACAAUGCCUGA